AUGGCGUUUCCUCAAGGGGACUCGAAGGCGCUUAAGGCAUACGGGCUGCCCACCAACGUGCUCGUCGACUGCUUGCUGCUUUCAAGACCAUGUUCGGUAGUUCGAGAAGUUACUGUGCAGGCUCUCGAUCAACUCGACAAGGCUGCCGGAUCGUCUAGUGCGCAGACGCGAGCCGUGUUCACCGGCAAGCCUGGCUGCGGCAAGAGCUAUGUCCUACUCCAGGCAGUGCAAUACGCUAUUCAGAAAGACUGGGUCACCUUGUACAUUCCUCGAGGGAUCGCCCUUGUUAAUUCGUCGACACCCUAUGUUUACGACCCGCGGACUCAGACGUACGGCCAGCCGGCUUUCGCGCAGCAGCUGCUUAAACGCUUCGUCGACGUCAACGAGAGAUUGAUAAAGGACUUGAAGGUUCAGGGUUCAUACCCCUUAAAGGAGACCGCAAUCAACAGCUCGUCGCCCCUUCUCGACAUGAUAAACAUCGGCAUCGAGUCUCAGGAGUCGGCACCAACAGUGCUCAGCGCGCUUCUCACGGAGCUGUCUAAGCAGACGAAAUUCCCAGUGCUACUCGCCAUCGAUGAUUUUCAGGCGCUUUACAGCCUGUCGACGUACCGCGACCCAUAUUUCAAGAUGGUCAAGGCAUAUCAUCUCACCCUUCCACGGACUCUCCUCGAGUUCGCGAGCGGGAAGCAGUCCUUCGCGCGCGGUGCCGUCCUCGGAGCGCUCUCCUCACAAAACACGACCUUCCGUCCCCCUCUUGAGCUGACAGAGGCGCUCGGGCUUCUACCAGACGUCCCGUCAAACCCGUACGUUCGCCGCGAGCCCGAGCUCAUUGAGUACGCAAAAGGGCUACGCAACUUCCCGGUGCCGGACCAGCUCACCAUCGACGAGGCCGCGUCGAUCUUCGAUAUAUGGCACAGCGUGAAGGCGUUGCACGUGGCGCGCGGGGACGAGGUGUUUUUGACGAAGUAUACGGAGGCGGGCGGGAACGCGCGGGAAUUUGUGCGCAAGAGCUUGUUGCAGACCGUUGCGAUGUAG